CGCCUUGGCGGCCGCGGAUUGGCCCGUAGCGGGACCCGUCGGUCGCGCUGCUGUUCUGGGAAGGAGAGAAAAUGGCGGCCGAGCCGAACAAGACCGAGAUCCAGACGUUUUUUAAGAGGCUUCGCGCAAUUCCGACCAACAAGGCCUGCUUCGACUGUGGCGCCAAGAAUCCGAGUUGGGCCAGCAUCACGUACGGUGUUUUUCUGUGCAUUGACUGCUCCGGGGUGCAUCGCUCCCUGGGCGUCCAUCUCAGCUUCAUCAGGUCCACAGAGUUGGAUUCCACCUGGAGCUGGUUCCAGCUGAGGUGUAUGCAGGUCGGCGGGAAUGCCAAUGCGACAGCCUUCUUUCGCCAACAUGGAUGCACAGCCAAUGAUGCUAACACCAAGUAUAACAGUCGAGCUGCCCAGAUGUACCGAGAGAAGAUCCGGCAGCUGGGCAGCGCGGCCCUGGCUCGGCAUGGCACUGAUCUUUGGACAGACAGUGUGAGUACUGCUCCCAGUCACUCCCCAGAGAAGAAGGAGUCCGAUUUCUUUUUGGAACACACUCAACCCCCUGCCUGGAAUGCACCAGUCACCGACCUCUCAGAGACCCAGCAGCCAGCCCCGUCUGCAGAGAGCAGUGGCCUGGCACAGCCGGAGCAUGGCCCCAACAUGGACCUGCUUGGCACCUCACCCAAAGCCUCUCUGGAGUCCAUGUAUCUGUCACCUAAAGGGGUUCUUCCUGCCAGAGAACCGAAAACCUCCCUCAUUGGCAAGAAGAAGCCAGCAGCAGCGAAGAAGGGGCUGGGUGCCAAGAAGGGCCUAGGGGCCCAGAAGGUGAGCAGCCAGAGUUUCAGCGAGAUUGAGCGGCAGGCCCAGGUGGCAGAGAAGCUCCGUGAGCAGCAGGUGGCUGAUGCCAAGAAGCAGGCCGAGGAGUCCAUGGUUGCCUCCAUGCGUCUGGCCUACCAGGAGCUCCAGAUUGACCGUAAGAAGGAGGAGAAGAAGCUACAGAACCUGGAAGGGAAGAAGCGAGAGCAGGCCGAGAGGUUGGGCAUGGGACUGGUGUCCCGAAGCUCCGUCUCGCACUCGGUGCUGUCUGAGAUGCAGGUGAUCGAGCAGGAAACCCCAGUGAGUGCCAAGUCCUCCCGCUCGCAGCUGGACUUACUUGACGACGUCGGCACCUUCGCCUCUGGGCCUCCAAAGUACAAGGACAACCCCUUCUCCUUGGGGGAGAGUUUCGGUUCCCGGUGGGAUACGGACGCUGCCUGGGGUAUGGACAGGAUGGAGGAGAAGGAGCCGGAAGUGACCGUCUCCAGCAUCCGGCCUGUUUCAGAAAGAGUCACCAACCGGAGGGAAGUGGAGAGCCGGAGCUCGGGCCUGGAGUCGAGCGAAGCACGGCAGAAAUUUGCAGGAGCCAAAGCCAUCUCCUCUGACAUGUUCUUCGGGCGGGAGGUGGAUACUGAGUAUGAAGCCAGGUCCCGGCUCCAGCAGCUCUCGGGCAGCAGCGCCAUCAGCUCGUCAGACCUCUUCGGGGACGUGGAUGGAGCUCAUGGAGCAGGCAGCGUGUCCCUGGGGAAUGUGCUGCCCACGGCUGACAUCGCCCAGUUUAAGCAGGGCGUCAAGUCUGUGGCCGGGAAGAUGGCCGUGCUGGCCAAUGGUGUGAUGAACUCUUUGCAGGAUCGCUACGGUUCCUACUGACCCAGGCUCCGUGUCUCAGACUUUGGGUGGUGACAGUAGCAGAAACCUCACGAUUCCUCGGCCUGGGAUGCUUGCCUUGUGGAAGCUAGGGAGGCGUUGUUACUUUAUGCCUGUGGUGUGAGUGGGGUGGCCUGCGAGGAGCUCCAGUGAGGGAGGGGCAGUGCCGGCCCCUGACCUCUGCCUGGGGAUCGGGCCCUUUGUUCCCCUCCCCAUACACACUGACCUCUGCCUGGAGAUCGGGCCCUUCGUUCCCCUCCCCGCACACCCCAGCCUGUGUGCUCCGUGCUUCUGGUCCUGCCCCCCAUGCUGCUGCUCACUUGGCCUGCCACCCUGGGGGUGAGGGGAGGGCAUUCCCUCAGGAUGGCUUAUUCUGGGUCCAGGCCUUCCCUGAGGAGGGAGAGUAAAAAGUGGAAGGCUGUUUUGCUGGCUCUAGGAUCCUUCCAGGUGGUCCCGGGGGUUGGCUCCUGGCUCUGGACGCGGCAGGAGGUCUGGAGAGUUGUGCUGUAGAUCAGCCCCCAGGGCGGGAGGCUGUGGAUGCGCUGCUGCUCCUGUGCUCUCUUCGGCACCAGGAGAGGCAGGGGAGGGGAAGGGCCCUCUGUCUGAGACUUGCGAAGGGCUAGAAGCUUGACCUGGUACUUAAAGCUUCCAUUUGGGAUCAGACUAGAGGCCUGAGGGAUCUUCUCCUGUCUCGCUGACCCUUUCUGCAGCGGUCGCUCGGAGGACUCCUCCUCCUCCUGGGUGUGUGGGAGUCCUCCCAUGCCAUCCGUGGUGGACCGCGGUCCCUCGGAACCUCUGUCCCUUCUUCCCCUGCUUGGUGGCCAUGGUGGGUCUGCUCUGCCCGGGGCUCCGCUCUGGAUGCCGUGAGCGUAGUGCUGGCCGAGGAGGCAGAGGACGCGUGGGAUGGAAGCAGGCUCCUGGGCUUGGCUUUCCUCCUCUGCACAUUCUUGGCCUCAGGACCCUGGGCAGCACCCCCCACGGAGAGCUUGUGGCACCUGCGGGGCGGCAGGUCUUGGCCCUGGGCCACACACUGUGCCAUCCUUGGUGCCACCUGCCCCUGCUGCCAGCAGCCCGGGUCCCCCCACCGUGAUGGGGGCUGGGCUCCCGAGCACUGCAGACCGCUGUUCCCAGCACCCCUCCCCAAAGGGACAUGACUUUCUUUCUGGACUGUAUUGAAACAAAGUGGUGUCGAAUAAAGCCCCGAUGGGGCCCUGGGUCUCUG